GGCCGCGCCGUGGGCUGAGGCCGUCCGAGGGGAAUGCCAGUUCUGAAUCCAAGCAGCCAAGUCACCGUGGAUCCCAUGCAUCUUAAUCUUCUGGGUGAGCCUCCUGUGAGGGACCUUGUCAAACACCUUACUAAAAUCCAUCUGGACAACAUCCACAGCUCCUCCAUCAAUCACCCUCGUCAAAAAACUCAAAAUUUUGGAUUAAGAUAAAGUUCAUCAAAUAACCAUGGAUUUUCAGCAUCGAGCAGGAGGAAAAACAGGGAGUGGUGGGGUUGCUUCCUCUUCCGAAAGCAAUCGAGAUCGACGAGAACGGCUGAGACAGUUAGCGUUGGAAACCAUUGACAUAAAUAAGGAUCCUUAUUUUAUGAAAAAUCACUUGGGUUCUUAUGAAUGUAAACUUUGUUUAACUCUUCACAACAAUGAGGGGAGUUAUUUGGCACACACACAAGGGAAAAAGCACCAGACUAAUCUGGCAAGACGAGCAGCAAAAGAGGCUAAGGAAUCCCCAGCGCAGCCUGCCCCUGAGAAGGUUAAAGUAGAGGUGAAGAAAUUUGUGAAAAUUGGUCGGCCAGGUUACAAAGUGACCAAACAGAGGGAUGCAGAAGUGGGGCAGCAAAGUCUCCUUUUUCAGAUUGAUUAUCCAGAAAUUGCAGAAAGUGUAAUACCACGCCAUCGGUUUAUGUCUGCAUAUGAACAACGAAUUGAACCACCAGACAGACGCUGGCAGUACUUGUUGUUUGCAGCAGAACCAUAUGAGACCAUUUCUUUUAAGGUACCAAGUAGAGAAAUUGAUAAAGUUGAGGGGAAGUUUUGGACCCACUGGAAUAGAGAAACAAAACAGUUUUUCCUUCAGUUUCACUUCAAGAUGGAGAAACCUUUACAACCACAGACCUUGCCUAUUGGACCACCUGGACUGAAGAACAGACCACCACCGCCACCACUCAUGAAUGGCAUACCACCAAGGGGUCCCAUGCCACCAGAAGCAAUGCCAACCCCAAGACCAGCAGCCAUGCCAAUGCCGCCAAUGCCACCAGGUGCCCCAGUGCCCCCUGUUCCACCACAACUGCCCCCGACUCCUCAGGGGCUGCCACCGACUCCUCAGGGGCUGCCACCGACUCCUCAGGGGCUGCCACCGACUCCGCAGGGGCUGCCACCAGCUCCGCAGGGCUUGCCCCCGACUCCGCAGGGCUUGCCCCCGACUCCGCAGGGCUUGCCCCCGACUCCGCAGGGCUUGCCCCCGACUCCGCAGGGGCUGCCCCCAGCUCCUCAAGGACCACCUCCGACUCCGCAGGGCCCGCCUCCGGCUCCGCAGGGCCCGCCUCCAGCUCCGGUUCCAGCUCCGGUCCCUGCUCCGGUUCCAGCUCCGGUCUCCGCCCCGGUUUCUGCUCCAGUCCCCGCUCCAGUUCCCGCGCCAGUUCCCGCUCCGGUUCCUGCUCCAGUUCCACCAAUGAUAAGGCCUCCACUGCCCAGUGAGUCUGCACCAAUAGCUACACCCCCUACCCCUCUCCCACCACCUGGCGUUCCUCCCCCUCCUCCUGCUAACUGACCUUUGUGGUUUUUAAGAAUUUUACGGCAAUAUAACUUUUGUAGAUUGGUCUUUAACUGUUAUUUUGGUAGUAUCCAGGUUUCUUGCAAAUGUACAAUAUUUGCAAUACUUCAUCUAUCAUUAAAGACA